AUGACUCAAAAUCCCCCUACCUCAUCUACUAACAAUGAUCUGCUACAAAUCCCUUACGCAUCCCAUUUGUCGUGGUUCAUCCAAACCGUCCCUUUGAUCAACAAGAAAUUCAACGUUUUAAGCAAACAGUACAUUUACUACAAGUUGGUAUUCUCAACCCCAAACAAUUUCAACUCAUUUGUCAGUUUACUCCUAUCCAAUGAUCACAGCUCCAUUGCCCAACAUGUCAAAAUAUUGGAUCUUCAACAAUUUGCAAUCGAUCACCUAUAUACCGAUGGAGCGCUUUCAUCACGGACAAUGUUAAAAUUUUUGCAAGCUUGCAACAAUUUGUCCCAAGUUUAUUUCUCCCCCGCCAUUGAUUACUGCUUGAAUGAAGACAUCCUUUUCCAUAUUCUCUUUGGCAAUAACAAAAUCACCCUGUUCGAUAUUUCAGGAAUUAGCGAUGCCAACGUAUUCCGCAAAUCAUUACCUGUGUUCAAUGAUGACAUUGAUAUUCACGUAUCCAAAUUGAGGCGCUUAUCAUUCUACGAUUCUCGUUCUAUUCCAGAAGAAUUUUUGUACCGCUUGUUUUCCUAUUUGACCAAUAUUGAAAGAUUGGACCUUUCAAACAUCAAUAUCCCCAGCAAUACUCUCUAUCAAUGUCCAGUGUUUACCAAUUUGACUCAUUUAUCUUUAGGCUGUUCUAACUUAGACAAACACGAAAUCUUUGAAUAUUUCAUCAAGCAAAAUACCUUACAACAAACGUUACAAUGGUUGAACUUGGAAUCGAGCUCACUCACCAAUAACAUGAGUGAACGUGAAAUAUUGUCGAUUCUCAAUUCUUUGAUCCCUGAUGCCGUGUCAACCCCGGUGUCUAUUAGAUCUUCGGCAAAUAAUUCCAUCGAAGACCUCACAAGCUUGGCGAAUCAACAGCGGGUGUUGGAUUUCCACAACUUUGACAUUGAAACCGAUAGAGAUCGUAUGAAAGGUAAACACAAUACCACUUUGAAAUAUUUGAAUUUGAAUGGAAGGGGUGUAACUUAUAAGGUGUUGAAAUUUAUCAAAACCCACUUUAUUGCGUUGGAAUCUUUACAUAUUUACAAAUCCCUGGCUUCUAUUAGUGAGCUCUUGAAAUUCCUUAGUGGUUCAAUCCAGAAAAUCAAGUAUCUUAACUUAUCUGGGAACUCCAAUAUUACUGUCGACGCCAUUCAAGAAUCUGAUCUCCUUCAAGUCAGUGAAUCUUUGACAUGUGUGGAAUUAAGCCCAUUCAUUUCCAACAGAAUUCCUAAUGGAGAAAUCAAACUUAGGGAUGCGACUGAAGUGUGGAAAGUUGCCAGAACUCAAUACAGGUCGUGGCUUUAUAAGGAUGCAUCGAUAGCAAACCAUUAUGAUGAAGGAGUGGAGUUUAGAACUAGUAACGGGAAAGAAAUCAUCAGUCACCCAUUCAUAAAGUAUGGCUAUAACAAAAUUGAGCUCGAAGGGAUAUCUUCGUCAUUUGCUGAUACCACAGUUUGGCCUCCAACAGUUUAUCGCGGUAGUAUUUACAACGACUUUGGGCUAAAUAUGUGUCUAGAAUUUUAG